AUGGUUUCUGUUAAAACGAAAAUUCUAAAAAACAAUCCCAGCGACUUAGAAAGAGAAAUUGCGCAAUGCCUGAUUGACAUUGAGUUAUCAAGCUCGUCGGACAUAAAAAAUGACGCAAAAGAAAUUAAGAUAUUAUCAUGUGAUUUGAUAGAAGUUGAAAAAAUUAAAAAAAAAACGAUUUUAAUUUAUAUUCCAUACAAGAUUUAUGCAACUUACGUAAGGAAAAUACAAAGGAAACUUAUCAACGAAUUGGAGAAGAAAACCAAAAAGUAUGUUGUGUUGGUAGCCAAGAGGACCAUACUAAAGGCGAAGCAGAAAACCAAGUCAUUUAAAAUAAUUCCAAGAUCGAGAACUCUGACCAGUGUAUAUGACUCCAUUUUAGAGGACAUCGUAGCUCCCAGCGAAAUAGUUGGAAAGAGAAUAAGCAUGAAGGCUGACGGAAAGAGACUAUUCAAAAUAAUGCUCGACUCCAAGGAAAGGCAAAGAGAUAACAUCGAGGAGAAGCUCAUUAGCUUCGCGGCUGUGUACAAAAGAAUCACAAGAAGAGACACGGUGUUUACUCUGCCACCAACCAACGAAAAAUGA